GUCCCGGGCCAGCCGCGGCUGGUGGAGCUCCGAGGGAGGACCCGUCGGCAUGUUCCGGUUGCUUCGCUGGCGUCUGGGUCGAACCCUGCUGCGGGCCGCGGGCCGGCGGUGCGGGGGCUGUACGGCGCGCCUGCUGCCGGAGCGGGCGGGCGACGCGGGGCCGGGCGCGGAGCGGCUGAGGACCCGAGGCGCGCCGGCGCGGGGGCACGGGGUGCUGCCGCUGUUGGCAGCUCUCGCCUGGUUCUCGCGCCCCGCGGCGACGGCAGAACAGUCGGGAGAGGACGAGACAGACGAGGCGGAGGCCGAGAUCAUCCAGCUGCUGAAGCAAGCCAAGUUGAGCAUCAUGAAAGACGAGCCGGAAGCGGCCGAGCUGAUUUUGCAUGAUGCUCUUCGCCUUGCGUAUGAGAGUGACAACAGGAAGGCCAUCACGUACACUUACGACCUGAUGGCCAACUUAGCAUUUAUACGAGGGCAGCUUGAAAAUGCAGAACAGCUUUUUAAAGCAACGAUGAGUUAUCUGCUUGGAGGAGGCAUGAAGCAGGAAGACAAUGCAAUAAUUGAAAUCUCUCUGAAACUGGCCAACAUCUAUGCUGCUCAGAAUAAACAGGAAUUUGCCCUUGCUGGCUAUGAAUUCUGCAUUUCAACUCUAGAGGGGAAAAUCGAAAGAGAAAAGGAAUUAGCAGAAGAUAUUAUGUCAGAAGAAACAGCCAAUACUUACCUCCUCCUUGGCAUGUGCUUAGACUCUUGUGCACGCUACCUGCUGUUCUCCAAGCAGCUAUCACAAGCACAAAGGAUGUAUGAAAAAGCCCUGCAGAUUUGUCAAGAAAUACAAGGAGAAAGACACCCACAGACCAUUGUGCUGAUGAGUGACUUGGCUACUACUCUGGAUGCACAGGGCCACUUUGAUGAUGCCUACAUUUAUAUGCAGAGGGCGUCAGAUCUGGCAAGAGAGAUAAAUCAUCCUGAGCUGCACAUGGUACUCAGCAACCUGGCUGCCAUUCUAAUACACAGAGAACGAUACACACAAGCAAAGGAGAUCUACCAGGAAGCGCUGAAGCGAGCAGAGCUGAAAAGAGAUGAGGUUUCUGUUCAGCACAUCAGGGAAGAAUUGGCUGAGCUGUCAAGAAAAAGUAGACGUUUGACUUAACUUUGUGAAGCUAUAGAAGUUCAUUUUGUUGUAGAGAGGGUAACCUCUGAUAUCCCACAGGAGUAACUGUUCCUUCGUUGUCUGGACCUCAAUCAAUGUGUAAAUCAUUGUUGAAAUUCAACGUUCUUCAACUCGGCUUCGGAGAAGGACAAGUUGCAUACACUGCCACUUUUGUUUCUAAAUUUAUUUUACUUUGAGAUGGGUAUCUAUGUGUAGGCUAGCCUGGAAAUUGCUAUAUGCUUGAAGUUGGCCUCCAACUUGGAGUACUACUCCUCCCUCAGCUUCGAAAGUGCCUGGCCCUACUUUUGUUUUUAAAGGUGGAACAGCUUUUACCCUCUACUGACUGUAUAUAAGGUAUAGUCCACGCUCAUCUGAGAAAGUUACAGACUACAGUUGGCCAAGUUCCUCACAAUAUGGUCAUUAUACCUUCCAUAAGAGUUUGAUUCAUGCUUACUCUUUUCUAUCCAUUUCUGGCAAACAAGUUACUUGUAUCAUGACACAGGAGGAUUUUAGCUCCCUUACACAAUUUUAUUGAUACAUUGUGAGAUUAAUGACUAGGAAGGGGAAUGAUAAUUCUAGGUGGCCAUCAUUAGGCAGCAUUCACUUGUAAAGUGGAAGUGAGACAUUUGGCCUGUGUAUCUGUUUGUAUGUAACUACUAAAAAUGGUGGUGGCAGAAGGACUGAAGCCCUUGUCAGCACUGUCUGAGCACUGGGCCACAGAGUGGAGUAACGUUGUGCUGACGGCACCGAUGUGCACAUGGUAAUGUGCGGCCACUGGCCUGGAUCCUAGUUAGCUCUACUUUUUUAUUUUGCAAUCUCUGAAGGCUGAAACCAAUUAGAGUGUUUGUCUGACGACUUUAUCACUGCCUCAGAGUGUAUAAAAAUACGAUACAUGGAUGGAGGCUUUUACCUUUGCAGUCUGGCAAAAGGCCUUUUGCCUAAGAGAAACACAUUUUUUUUUCUGGGUGCCACGAAGGAACCCUGGUGGUGAUGGCACGCCAAUGGAGGUAGGCGAUGUGAGUAGGAUUGCCAGUGGUCUUUGGUUAAUGUGUUUGUUCUGGGAGAAUCUCUAUAAUAAACUAGAGACUGCGCAAUUGUAUGGAUUCUAAUAAUCUUGGAAUCAUAGAAAAAUAAUGGCCAAGUUACUAGACAGACAUACUAACGUCUAAGUCCUCAGAGCUACACCAGAGCCUGUGCUGUGGGGAAUGCCCCACAUUCUGUUUGAGUUCAUCUACCAUUCACGUCCUAACCACAUGUGAUCCCACUAACCAUGAAUAACCAGAUAAGAGAGUUCAGUUACCUUUGCUUUGAAAAUGUUUUUACUUUUUCAUAAUUCCAGAGUUACCCAAGUUAGCUUGUUAGGCUUUUUAAUGUUCCAUGGUGACUGACCUCAUGUCCUGUAGCUGGGGACACGGUCUGUGUAUAUUCCCAGCAGCAUUCAUUUGCACUAUUAUAAAAAAGGCAGUGAGACAAAGGGACUCAUCUCCUUUUACUGAUUACAACUUUAAACAAUUUACAUUUAAUUUCAUAUUAAAGUUUUAAACUAUACCAUGUUACUAGGGUUUUCAGGGCUUAAGUGUAUGUAAGACAAUCACAGCAUAUGAAAAUUUAAAGUGUAGUAUAAAAUUUCUCACUAA